GGCUACUUCCACGUUCGCUGUUGCCUGCCUACCAGGACUCGAAAGCCUUCGUGAACUCGACGAACUGAAUAUAGAAAUGCAGCUAGUCGAUUAGAAGACGGGAGGAAGUUCAAGGCAAGAAUAAAAAUAUGAAUGUAAUUGCUACAAAUGCCAUUGUAGCGGCACAAUAUAUACGUGUGGAAGUGAGGAAGGACAAUUACUCCUCGAUACCUCAAUUGGUAGUUCACGACCGGCAAAUGUCUAAGUGAGGCUAUGUGAAUUCCCUUUCCAUAAUAGAUGACCACCGAUAGGCCACAAGCACGUUCUGCAAUUACUGCGCCUUGGGGUCCGCAUCACUCAGGUUUCGACAACAAUCGUAAGAAUAGUCGGAGCAGCGACAGCAGCAACGCCAGCCUCCUUCACACUCCAGCCUGACGUCACGUGCGCAUACAUACGCACACACCACAACUCCGGCGCUGGAGGGGGAGUACUGUGGCGGCACACAACGGGAAACAUGUUUCCAUAUAAUAAUGAAAAUAUAUUGCAAGAGUAAUUUAAAUGAAACUUUACAAUCUCUGUUAGUUGACGACUGUAAAAAUACUUCUUUAUUUAUAAAUAGUACAAGUAAACUUUACAUUUUUAAUUAUUUUUAUCAAUAUAAGUGUUUCAGUUUUAGUGACACGUUUGAAGUUUGUAUUUUGGCAUUUUAUGUAAUAACAAUAAUACCAAAUUUUAUAAAGUUGUGUCCAAGUGACAACGGUGAAUCAUGUUUCUCAUCAUUUAAGAACACAGUAAGAUCACGCCAAUCAAUCCAUUAGUUUUGGAGAUUCUUUCUAUAAAAAGAGUCCAACAGACAUUCAGACGAAAACAGGAACCUAUUUUUCAUUUUUUAUUCUCAGAUGAUCCUACGACCACAUUUAAAGUAGAGCUGUAAAAUUUGUAAUCUUUUUGAGCAUAAAACUUGCUUCGAUAAGUAUUUAUAAUUUCAUUUUUUAAAUACUCCUGUCAUAACAUUUUCUCUUCUAUAAAUAAGUAUUGCUAAAAAUGUUACAGCUCAGGUUGUGAAUACAAGUAGGCCCAACAUGGUGCGUUGGGGUACAUCAAAUGUGCGGAAGCAUAUUUUUCCAUUCAACAGAAACGUAUGUUACAUUUUUUUGUAUUUUGCAGGUUGUUCUUGUAAGUGUGAACCUGCCUUCACAUACAAAGUAACAAACAACUUGGAUCAAACGCUUUUUUCGAUUUCACCAGUGAACACCCGCUGUCUGUCAUACGACAUGCAACUCUUUGAUAGUUCUGGAAAUCCAGUAGUCCUCUUCCAACGAUGCCAUGAGUGUAAAUGUUGCGCUGGCUUAAAAAUUGAAGUCAUUCACACGCUUGGUACACCCAUAGGCACCGCCCAGGUGGAAGCCGGAUUUUUAAACCCCACUUUCAUCGUUGGGGACGCCAAUGGCCAAACUAUUUUCAAAGUAAAGAGACCAGCAAUUGAAUUUUUUCCAAAGACUAUUGACUUUAGUAUUUUGUCGGCUGAUGAAUCUGUAGAAAUUGGAAAAAUAAGUUGGGUAUGGAUCGGUUGGAUGGCUAGACAACGCCUGUAUAAAAUUCGAUUUCCAAGAGAUUUAGUAACGGAAAUGAAGGUGGCAUUGUUGUCAGCUUGGUACAUGAUUGAAGCAAUGUCUCAGGCUAGUCGUCGCAAUCGGACUAACUGAAACCGACUUCCUGCAGCAAACUAAUGUGUGAUUAAUGUGUUUCCCUAUAUUCUUAAACAUAUUUUUUAUAUCUACUGCGAAGAAUCUAUAUUUUUAUGUAAUGAAAAUACUCAGAACAUAAAAAAAAUAUUGUGUGACUAUAUAUGUAUAUUUUUAAUAAACAAUGAUGUCUUACAACAAA